AUGAGCGUCCCGAAAAUAACAAUAACCAGAACUCAAACCCCAGCAUUAUCGAGUGACGCUUACUCUAAUCUCCCACCUCGCCAAGAGAAUAACAGAUUGAAAGUCACGCCAGAACCGUCAAUUUAUUCUGCGCCGGACGAUAGCGAAGAACAAAAGCCAGAAGAUGACUUUGACCCGUCAAUUGGAGCAAAACCCUACUCCCCAUUCUACCGGCACCAUACGGCGCAAACAACAAAGGUUCGGUCACUCGAAGUCAGAUCUCGCCGUGAUACCACAAAUGAGAGUCAACACAUUAAUGAUAUCGAACUGGGUCAAGAAUCCAACACAAACCCCCACAAUGAAAAUACCAAAAAGUUUCCAUUCUCCCUCUUGGAACUGGUAUCCAGACGCAAAACCAUUCGACGCUCGAAUCUUUGGGCCCAAGACAAUCGCGAUGGCUCUUGUCUGCGUGGCUUAAGUGAAAAGCAGCGCCUGGCUGUUAAACUUAUUAUUGCUCUCAUCACGCUGGGAGGCAUGAUUGGCAUUGCUCUGGGCAUCACUGUUGCUGUUGGUGGAGGAGUUUGGGCGGGCAGGCGUCGGGUUAGCCCUAUCGGUGGAGGGUCUUAA